UAAGAGUGGUUGAUGUGUACAAUAUUUUUCGAUCAUUUGUUAUAUAUCAAUGUGUGUGCGGUCACAUCACGUAGCUUAAGUUUUUCUCCAAACGUAUAUCAUACAUUGCGAAAAUGAUACACAGUCUUUUUAUUAUAAAUUCCUCGGGAGAUGUCUUCAUGGAAAAACAUUGGAAGAGUGCGGUUGCACGUUCACUUUGCGACUAUUUCUUCGAUCAACAACGAAGGGUUCUGUCCCCUGAAGACACUCCACCAGUGAUAGCAACUCCACAUCAUUAUCUUAUUAGUAUAUAUCGUUGUAACAUGUUCUUUGUGGCGGUAUGCAUGACAGAAGUUCCACCAUUGUUUGUCAUUGAAUUCUUACAUAGGGUAGUAGACACCUUUGAGGACUAUUUCAACGAAUGUACAGAAACAAUCAUAAAGGAGAAUUAUGUGGUUGUGUAUGAAUUAUUAGACGAGAUGUUGGAUAAUGGUUUUCCACUGGCCACAGAGUCCAAUAUAUUGAAGGAAUUGAUCAAACCACCCAACAUUUUGCGCACCAUAGCGAACACUGUUACAGGAAAAUCUAAUGUCAGUGCAAUUCUACCGAGUGGACAACUGUCUAAUGUUCCUUGGAGGCGUACGGGAGUGAAAUAUACCAACAAUGAGGCUUACUUUGAUGUUGUCGAGGAAGUGGAUGCAAUUAUUGAUCGAACUGGAGCGACGGUAUUUGCAGAAAUUCAAGGCUACAUUGAUUGUUGUAUAAAAUUAAGCGGUAUGCCAGAUCUCACGCUUUCAUUCAUGAAUCCAAGAUUAUUUGACGACGUUAGCUUUCAUCCCUGUGUUCGAUUCAAAAGAUGGGAGUCGGAAAGAAUACUUUCUUUUAUUCCACCUGACGGCAACUUCCGCUUGCUUUCAUAUCAUAUAGGAUCACAAAGUAUUGUAGCAAUUCCGAUAUAUGUAAGACACAACAUUAGUUUAAAAGAACCAGGAGGUGGCAGAUUAGAUAUAACUGUCGGACCGAAACAAACUAUUGGCAGAACGGUUGAAAAUGUGACUCUCGAAAUUCCCAUGCCGAAAAUAGUAUUAAAUUGCACUCUGACUCCAAAUCAAGGAAAAUAUUCGUUCGAUCCUGUCAGUAAGGUACUGCUAUGGGACAUUGGAAGGAUUGAUGUUUCCAAAUUACCAAAUCUUAGAGGAUCGAUUACGAUACAAAACUCAGCAACUGUUACUGAAUCCAAUCCUGCGAUUAAUGUGCAUUUUACGAUCAAUCAAUUAGCGGUAUCUGGACUGAAGGUAAAUCGAUUAGACAUGUAUGGCGAAAAGUACAAGCCGUUCAAAGGUGUCAAGUACAUUACUAAAGCUGGCAAAUUUCAAAUAAGAAUGUAAAUACAAUAUACAAGAUUAUAAAAGAAAAAUUAUCCUUUAUAUGUCAUAUUACCAUAUAUGCUUUAUUAUUU